AUGGACAAUUCUUUAUCAUCACCUCGUAAAAAUGAAGUUGUUGAAACUAUGUUUAAAUCACUUAAUUCAUAUACAAGUGAAUUACAACAAGAAUUAGAAAUACUCAAUCGAAAAGUUACUGAUCAAAUUCGAAUUGAACAAACUUAUGAUACAUGUCACGAACAACUUCAAAAUGAUUUGAUCAAAUUACGUGCAGCUAUUGAAACUAAUGCUGUCAAACGAUCAAUAUUUGAUCGUAAUUUAAGCGAACGAACAACCAUGUCUCAAUCGUUACAUUCUCAAAUUGUCGAAAAACGUCAAGAACAAAAUAUGAUUAUUGAUAAAACAAAUCUAGCUAAAUAUAAUCAUCAUCGAAAUAUUGCUAAAAUAACUGAACAAUGUGGAAAUUUAACAAUAGCUUUUCGAACAAAUUAUCAUGCAUAUGCUCGAGCAGAUCUUGAAGAAAUUCGAAAAAAGACUGAAACUCGAUUGAAGACAGUGUCUGAUGAAGUGACUAAUACUGAAUUAACUGUUGUUAAUUAUAAAGAUAAAUUAAUUGAAUUAAAUAAAAAACUUGAUCGAGAAAUAAUUCAUUUUAAUUGUUUAAAAGAAUCAAUUGAAAUAAUUGCAAAAAAACUUCAAAUAGAUUAUGAAGAUAUAAUGAAUUUUGAUAAUCUUGAAAAACAAUUAAUUGAUAUACAAACAUUAAUCAAUGAAUUAGAAGCUUGGCAUAUUCGAACAAAUUAUCCAUCGCAAGAAUAA